ACACCACCCUGGUCGUCGGCUGCUGAGGAGUAGGACGCGUCCGGGUGGAGCAGCAUCGUGGCGUGUGAGCGCGAGGGGCGGACUGUGGAAGAACGUGCGCGGGCGGCGGACUACCUCAUGCGGACACCGUAGACACGCGCAGCGGCGGUCGGGGGGGGCAGACCGGCAGGAGCGAGCGGGAGGACCGAACGAGAGGACCGAGCGGGAGGACGGGGAGCGGGACCCAUGGAGGACUCGGAGCCCGCGGAGGACGGCUUGCUCGCGGGCUUGCGGUGGAACCGCAGCGCACGGGACCAGGCUCAGCUGAAGCACAAGAUCCGGGACCUCCCGGGGCUGCUGAAGCACGGGCUGCACCUGCGGAAGAAGAGCCAAUCACCUGACACUAUCCCGGGACCGAGCAGCGGCCCUCCAGUAAACAAGUCGUGUUCCCAGAGUUUUCCGUGUGCCGGUCGCGCUGUGAGGAACGCCUUCCUCUCUCACGGGCCGUACCCGGCUAAGGACAAGAUACACCUGGCCAGAAUCAUACGGCGCAGCUACGUGGGCGUGGAGCUGGUGCAGUGGCUGUGUGAGCAGUGUGUGUAUGUGCGCUGCCGGACCACCGGUGUGCGCGUCUGGCAGGUGCUGCUGGAGCUGGGAGUCCUGCUGUCGGUGGACCAGCGGGUGAUGUUUUCAGAUUCCAACUCUUACUACCAGUUCAGCUUUGAGGAGUGUGACUCCGCCUCCUGUGACUUUCGCUCCAAUGAGGGGGAGUGGCCGGAGGCGGUUAGGCUCCUCCUUCAACUCGCCCCGUACAUCCAGUUCCGCUCUGGGGGCGGGGCCAACAGCCCGUCAGAGGAGGACUCCGAAGGCAACCGGGACAUCUGCAGUGAGAUGCUGCAGAUGAAAGCUCUUGAGAGGCUCACUUCUACGGUACAAAAUGAGUUGGCGGCUGCUCUUGCCCGAAAGACUCGCAAAGCUUUGUCAGAGCAGGACUCUGAGUCGACGGACACGAGCCAACAGGAGCCUCAGACACCCAGCGAGGAGAGCAGCCCGCUGAGCGGGGUGUCUGCACUGCGUGAUGGCGGCGGCGUUGGCGGCGGCGGCGUUGGCGGGGGAGGAACGGGGACCGUGUGCGGCCGCGAGGAGCUGACCGGCCGGCUGGGGCUGGAGGCCGUUCAGCGGCUGGCCAAGGACGGCUGCCGGCUGCUCCAGAACCACAACUACCGGGUGCCUGACAGGACCCAGGCGGAGGCAGUGGGGAGGGUUUGCCUGAAAGAGAGAGGACGGGAUGUGUUGGUGUUGCGGAGAGUGACAUCAUCAGUGACGUCGCCGUCGGACCGGCCCUCACCCACGUCGUCAGGGGGCGGGUCCAGAGAGGAGGAUUGCGACAAGAGGUACGUGGUGGUGUCCGGAACCCCGCUCAAGAUCCUGGAGCAUCUGCUGAGUGACCUGCGGCUGGACGACCAAAGAGGGGCGCCAGAGUGCCGGGAGAGCGAAACACUGCUGGAUGACUUCCUGUUGACCUACCUGGUGUUCAUGUCCACCAAUGACCUCUGUCAGGCUCUGCUGGGACACUAUAGCAGUGACCGCUGCAGGGGCCAGGAGGAGGGCAAAGACGCCCUCUUCAGGAAGCGUAAAGUGCUGCAGCUGGUCUCCCACUGGAGCAGACUCUACAAGGACUUCCUGAAGGAAGAGGAGCACGUCAGGAGCUUCAUGAAGACGUUGUACAGGUGUGUUUUAGAAGAUCUGUAUGAGUUCCCCACACUGGAGAAAGACCUGAAGGAGUUCCAGAAACUUCUACGUCGCAGACACACUGUCGAUGACUGUCCUCCGAACCAAAAGAGUAAACAAAUGUAUCAGCAGUUGAGUUUGAAGGAAAACUGUUUGCAACUCAGAAGUCCACCGAGUGAAACUAAAGAGGUCAUCUGUUGCGUGCAUGUGAGCGCCGACUCCUACCUGAGUGUCCACACGCACCACUCACUGGAGGGCCACGAGCUGCUGAGAAUUGUGGGUCAGAAGAUGGACCGAGCAGAAGAGGACAUGGUGCUUGCGGUGGCGUCGCACACUGGAGAGCGGCGGGUUUUGCAGCCCAGCGACUGUGUGUAUUCAGAGUCUAUGACCCCACAGGGAAAGCUUGUGGCCUGUCGCAGGGAUCUCACGGAGAUUCUGCCUCCUUUAACGGACAGUGCUGAGCUCAGCAGGAGGCCGGUGCGACUCCUCGGUAUUAACACCUGUGAUGUUGCAGCUGCUCUCACACACCUGGACUGGAGCCUCUUUAAAUCCAUCCACGAGCAAGAGCUCGCCUAUUACACCCUCAGCCGCGUUCCUGGUACCGGCCACACGGCGGCGCUCUCGGUGCUGCUGCAGCGCUGCAACGAGGUCCAGCAGUGGGUGAUGUCCGAGGUGCUCAUGUGCACGUCGCUCAACAAGAGGGUGCAGCUGCUCAAGAAGUUCAUCAAGAUCGCAGCACACUGUAAAGCCCAAAGAAAUUUGAACUCUGCAUUUGCCAUCAUCAUGGGUUUGAACACAGCAGCCGUCAGCCGACUCAACCAAACCUGGGAGAAAUGUCCGGGGAAGUUCAAGAAGCUUUUCUCAGAGUUGGAGCUCAUCACGGAUCCAUCUCUGAAUCACAAAGCCUAUAGGGAAGCCUUCAAGAAGAUGAAGCCUCCCAAGAUCCCUUUCAUGCCUCUUCUCCUGAAAGAUAUCACAUUCAUUCACGAGGGAAAUAAGACCUUCCAUGACAACCUUGUCAACUUUGAGAAGCUGCAUAUGAUCGCAGAGACAGUGCGGAUGAUCCGCCACUGCCAAAGCGACCAGCCAGGCAACGAGGUAAUUGGGGUCGACAGUGCGGAGGUGAGGGCGAGCGUUCAUUACCUGCACAUUAUCGACAAUCAACAGACGCUUUUCGAGCUGUCUCACAAACUCGAGCCCCGUGCUUGAAGACGGACACACGCACACACACGCACACACACACACCCUCACAGACGCACAACAACAAACUCACUGGGCACCGUGGAGAUGCCACCACCGCGCAGAACGCUUUUCACGGCAUAAUUCCACACACUGACACACACACUGCAACAAAGUCACACCACCAGCCGGGGUGCCGAGAGGACAAUAAGCUGCCACGUGGACCCGUGAAGACAGAGCUGCACUCCGCCUGUGCUCAAGAGGCGUUACGACGUCCGUGGACGCUGUGUGAAGAGAUGAAUCAGCGAGACGGAGGGAGCCAAACUGAGACAAAGAGAAGAGGCUGUGUUUUGUGUGUAUAGUGUCUAUUGGACUGAAUUGUUUUGUCACUGUGACACGUUAUGGGCCUGUUUAGCAGUUUCUUUUCCUCACUGAGGCUUUCCCUGAAGAUCUACAGAUGUGUGGCUUCAGUAAGCGACAACAGGUGAAACAUCAUCAGCGUCUGGUACGUGAAGGAGGCUUUGUGAGGUUUUUAUUGACUGACUGUGAUGUUGGAAACACUCAAGCUCUCCUGAAGGUGCCAGAGUUCAUAACCAGUUGAUGUGAAUGUCUUUGUCUUUUUGUUCUCCCUUCCAGAUCCUGGUUGAGACUCCUCGUGCACUCUUUGCUAUGAUGUUUUUGUGUGGGCAAAUAAGGAUCAUUUUUCAUUGUAUAUAAUGUGGAUCUAUAUAUAUAUAUAUCAGUGCCAAACGUAAUACCGAGGCCGUAGAUCAAUUGGUUUGUUUAGGAAUCUGAUGUCUUUUUUCAGCACAUUUUAAUGUCUUUAAUUGAGCCCUGCAAUGACGUCUAAUCCGUGAUCGUGUACAUCAGAUCUGAUGAUCCUUCUGACAUCAAGACGACUGAUUUCAUGCUGUGUGUAUUGGUAUCACGCCCUUCUCGUGUUGCUAUGGAAACCGCCCCAUCACAGAGCUUUUCUUUUAUCAACAAAUAAGUUAAGCACCGCAGACCUUUGUCAAGACAUCACUGACAGAAUAAUGGAAGCACAAGGGCAGAGUAAGGCCGAGUUUGAUCUUUGGUUGACUGCAGCAUUUCAAAAUGUACAUCCUUUCUGCUUCCAUCCCCAUCUGGUAGAACUUUUUAGUGUUUGUGUUAUUUUGUCCGUGGCCUAUUUAUGAGCAUGCAUGGCCAGUCACUUGAGAGGUCCAUUUCUGCUGAGUAGCAAGAUAAACCCUAAAUGUUAUGUAGCAAUGCAUAUGCUGCAUUGGUCGAAUAGUUUGCUAGAAAACACGGGGCCAAAGUGCAAAACGGGGCGGAAAUGUUGUUGCCACGAAUGUCGUCACGUCAACACCGAGCCUUUCAGCGCUCAUGGCUGCUUCCUUCUGAUCAUCAUGAAUCUAAUGCACACAGGAACACUGGGAGUUCCUGGGGAGCUUUAGUGCCAAAAACACCUUUUGGGCCAUUAUAGGAAGAAGAUCAGAGAUGAUUUUCUUCCUAUGACGGUUGAUAUAAACACUCCUACAGAUAAUUUGUGUGAUGGGAGUCACUGUGCUUUAAAAACACAGGCUCUUGCCCACCAACACACCUGAUGCUCUGACAAUGAAUGCAGGGACAGUUCCAUUGGUCACAGUUACGCAUUUGAGUAACUGGCCCGAGGGGAUUAAGGGUUGAAUGUGAAUCUUGAGGUUGUUUCUCCCCGGGAGUUACGCAUAUCUCCAAAUAUUUCAUAAACAUUGAAGAAUGACAUUCAUGAAGACUCGUGGACUAUGUAACUUUUGCUAUAGGUUUAAAUGUUGCUAACAGUAGCCACCAUCGGUUGGAGCAGACAAAGUGAGGCUGUGCUGUGUCCGUGUCGUGACUUCAGCAACAAGUCCUUUCAUUGUAACAGUUCAUUUUGGACUGAUGGUCAGAGCCGUGCUGCAAGUGUCAUAGAAAGGCCUUGUGGUCAUUUUGAUGAAUAACCUGUACAUGACGUGCACGCACACACUCCUCUGCUCAUUGUGUUUACAGACUGGUAUAAUUGUGCUAUUUUACUUAUUUAUUGUAAUAUAUUUAUGUAUUUUAAAGGUGACAAAAGUCCAUGUGCCAUGUUCAAAGGUUCAAAAAUGUGUCGUUCAUUCUUGAGAAGACAUGUUUGUGGUUUAAAGCUGCAGCUCUAGAAUGUGAAAGUACUUGUUUGUGGCCACUUGAGAGCAGCAGAAGAGCAAGUUGGUGUGACGACGCGCUUCUCUUUCCUCUGGUGUCCGAUGCUGUGACGGACAGGAGACCAACGGGAAGAUGUAUUAAGGGUUUUAUUGGCCAUAUUCAAGACUGUAAAGUUAUUUUUUUUAAAGCAAUGUUGUUUAAAACCUGUUUGCAUGUUAAAACAGAAAAAAAAGUUCACAAUGCGAGAUAGGACACAUUGAAGGCUUUGUACUAUUGUAAUAUUGUUGAUGUGUAAAUAUAUGCCCGUGUUUGGUUUAUUAUUUAUCAGUUGUAAAUGAAAAGAUAGUCAGUCACAAAGCAAUAUGUCUCCCCUUGUGUUCUACUUUCUGACCGCUGAAGCCACGUGUCUUUUCUAAAGCAGCGUUUUAUUAUCAAUAUUUGACUAAAAUUAAUAAAUUAUAGGUUUUAUGUGA